UUCUAAAGUAUAAGGAUCUGAGAUUACUUUCUACAACUUCAAAAUUUGCCCAUUUGUACAUGGAAGAACAGAGGAAGAAGAAAUCCAUGUUGAAACCCAGAUGCACCAAAUGCUUUUCAGUAUUUGCUCAUGCCUUAUGGACCAUUUACUUCCUCAGCCAGCUCCUCAUAUCUGAAGCUCAAACUGCCAAUGCUACUACAGACCCAUCUGAAGUGAGAGCUUUAAACUCUAUUUUCCAGAAAUGGAAUAUCAAGGCUACAGCUAACUGGAACAUCAGUGGGGAACCUUGCAGUGGAUACGCCAUUGACACAACGGAUCUUGACAACAAUGGACCCUUCAACCCGGGCAUUAAGUGUGAUUGUUCAUAUAACAAUGGCUCCACAUGCCAUAUCACCCAUUUGAAAGUAUAUGCAUUGGAAGUAGUGGGGACAAUUGUAGACGAGCUUAUGAAUCUCACUUACCUCAACAAUUUGGAUUUGCGUCAAAAUUAUUUCACAGGUCCCUUGCCUAAAUUUAUAGGCAACUUUACUCAAAUGCAAUACAUGAGUGUUGGUAUUAAUGCUUUAUCCGGGGAGCUUCCAAAAGAACUAGGAAAUCUUACCAAUCUAAUUGUAUUGGGUUUUGGCUCAAAUAAUUUCUCUGGUCCACUCCCUCUUGAGCUUGGAGAUUUAACAAACUUGCAACAACUUUACUUUGAUAGUUCAGGAGUGAGUGGUGAGAUCCCUGCAACAUUUUCCAAAUUACAAAACUUACAGACAGUGUGGGCUUCUGACAAUGCACUUACAGGAAAAAUUCCUGACUUCAUUGGUGGGAAUUGGACUAAUCUUGGUUCCUUGAGGUUUCAAGGAAACUCAUUUGAAGGACCAAUACCUUCAAGUUUUUCUAAUCUAACCACCAUGACAGAUUUGAGAAUUAGCGAGAUUUCUAAUGGGAGUUCAUCAUUAUCAUUUAUUAAGGAUAUGAAAGCUCUAAGUACUCUAGUCUUGAGGAAUAACAAUAUUAGUGAUACUAUUCCAUCCAAUAUGAAAGGUUAUCAGAGUUUGAAACAAUUGGACUUGAGCUUCAACAAUUUAACUGGACAAAUUCCAAGUUCUCUCUUCAAUUUGAAUAGUCUGUCUUAUUUGUUUCUUGGAAACAACCAGUUAUCUGGUACCUUGCCUUCUCAGAAGAGUUCCUCACUUGUUAAUAUAGAUUUGUCAUAUAAUCAAUUAUCAGGAAUUCUUCCUUCUUGGGUUACACAAGGAAGUUUGCAAGUCAACUUGAUUGCCAACAACUUCAACAUUAGUGGUUCAAAUAUCAGUGGUUUGCCUCCAGGAUUGAAUUGCCUUCAACGAAACUUUCCAUGCAAUCGGGGCUCUCCAAUAUAUUAUAACUUCUCUAUCAAGUGUGGAGGUCCAGAAAUUAAGUCUUCUGCGGGGAUUGUAUUCGAGAGGGAGAAUGAAACACUUGGUGCAGCCACUUAUUUUGUCACUGAAACAGAAAGAUGGGCAGUAAGCAACACUGGAAGGUUUGCUGAGAACAAUAAUGCUGAUCAGUAUAUCCUAUCUUCUUCUGCACAAUUCACAAAUACUUUAGAUUCAGAGUUGUUCCAGACAGCAAGAAUAUCUCCGGGGUCACUAAGAUACUAUGGCCUGGGGCUUCAAAAUGGAAUUUACAAUGUGACCCUACAAUUUUCUGAGAUUCAAUUCAAAAAUACUCGCAGUUGGGAAAGUCGUGGAAGGCGUCUGUUUGAUAUUUAUAUCCAGGGUAACCUAUGGUUAAAAAAAUUUGACAUAAGGAAAGAGGCAGGGGGAAUCUCUUUUUCAGCUGUACAAAAGAAAAUCCAAGCCAAUGUGUCAGAGAACUUCCUUGAAAUCCAUCUCUUCUGGGCUGGAGAAGGUACUUGUUGUAUACCUCAACAAGGUACAUAUGGACCAUCCAUUUCAGCCAUCAGUGCUGUUCCAAAUUUUAAACCAAAUGUUACCAACACACCACAUACACCUGCUUCAACAAGGAAGACAAGGACUGGUUUAAUUGUUGGAAUCGUUGUUCCUAUUGGACUUCUCAGCAUCCUGUUUGUUUUGGUGGUUUAUUAUAUUCUUCGAAGAAGGAAAGGAUUAAAAUUUGAUGAAGAUGAAGAGUUUCUAGGUAUUGAUUAUAGACCAAACACCUUCAGUUAUACAGAAUUGAGGACUGCUACAGAUGACUUCAACCCUGCUAAUAAGCUGGGGGAGGGAGGCUUUGGACCUGUUUACAAGGGAACGCUUACUGAUGGAAGGGAGGUGGCUGUGAAGCAACUUUCAGUGUCAUCUCACCAGGGAAAGAGUCAGUUCAUAACAGAGAUCGCUACCAUAUCUGCAGUGCAACAUCGAAACCUUGUGAAAUUGUUUGGUUGUUGCAUCGAGGGAGAUAGACGACUUCUAGUCUAUGAGUACCAUGAAAAUAAAAGCCUUGAUCAAGCACUAUUUGGUGGUUUACAUCUUAAUUGGCCAAAGCGCUAUGAUAUCUGUUUGGGGACAGCACGUGGUCUAGCCUAUCUUCAUGAGGAGUCGAAGCCUAGAAUUGUACAUAGAGAUGUCAAGGCUAGUAACAUUCUACUUGAUGCUGAACUCGACCCCAAAAUUUCAGAUUUUGGUUUGGCCAAACUUUAUGAUGACAAGAAGACCCACAUAAGCACUCGAGUUGCAGGAACAAUUGGCUAUCUUGCACCAGAGUAUGCCAUGCGUGGGCACCUGACUGAGAAAGCAGAUGUUUUUGGAUUUGGAGUAGUAGCUCUUGAGAUCAUCAGUGGAAGGCCUAAUACUGACACAAGCUUGAAUGCAGAAAAGAUUUAUCUUCUCGAAUGGGCUUGGAAUCUACAUGAAAGUAAUCGUGAACUGGAACUGGUUGAUCCUGCAUUAUCAGAAUUCAAUGCUGAAGAAGUGAAGCGACUGAUAGGAAUAGUUCUCUUGUGCACUCAAGCAUCACCAUCCCUACGUCCAGCAAUGUCUCGUGUGGUGGCAAUGCUUUCAGGAGACUCUGAAGUGAGCACUGUCACAUCAAAGCCUGGAUACUUAACUGAUUGGGAAUUCAAUGAUAUAAGCAGCUUUAUGACUGGUGAAACUUCUGGAACCUCAAUGAGUGGAAAUACAAAGAGCCAAACCAACUCUUCAAAUCCAACCAGUGUGGUUGAUGGAGACCAUUUUCCAGUAACUGCCAAUCAACCAAUGCUGCAUGAGCAUUUGGCAGAGGGAAGGUGAUAGUAACCUUUUUGAAUUUUUCAAUUGAUGUCUAAAGAAUCCAUGGAUUCAAAUAAUUGUUACAUGUAAUUUAUGGCUUCCUUUCUUUCUCAUUGAUAGAUAAGCUACAUUAACUUCAUUGUAAUAUGUUAAAAGAGAAGUCUCCCAACUAGAACCCUUGCCCUCUACAAUGCAUGUGAAUCUUGGUGAGGCUUGUGCCUUCACCUUCUUUCUCUACUAACAAUGCCCAAGACCUCCUUAUCUUUCUCCACUCUUUGUUGUAGUCCCAAAUGUCUCAAUAAGAACUCAUCUCUCAAUCCCAAGCAUUUCCCAUCCUUUACAACCAUAACAUAAUCCAAAAUCCUUUUAUACUAACACAGGGAAAAUCUGAGAUCUCUUUCUAACCCUGACCAGUCCAAAGACAAUUCCUUAGAUUCCCAUACCUCUCUAAACAUCAUGUCAGUAAAACUGCAUGGUCAUGCAG